GGGAGAGGGGGAGAUUGAAUGAGAGGGACAGAGCGAAGCCGAGGCGAGCCAUCACGACAACAAACAAAAAAAACUUGCCCAACAACCGAGCAAGUGGAACUUACAGACCGGCGCUCGCCCCUGUCCCGCGCCGCAGGGCCGCCGGGUCGCCCGCAGGACGCAGCGUGUGCAGCGUGAACUUGAGGCUAGAGGAGGAGGACGUCGGAGGAUGGGCCGUUUAAUAAGGACCAGGUCCCGCUGGAGAAUAUCGCUGUUUCUUUUCGCCCUGCUCCGCGUGACAACGACACAAGCUGCUGAUCCCAUCGAUGUGCUACGAGUGCUGGAGCUGUCAGAGAACAUGGAGGGGGUGUCCUCGGAGUCCGGUCUGUGCACCAGCAGGAGGGGCACGGAGAAGUCGGACCUGGCCUAUAAGAUAGACAAGAAGAUCCAGCUCAGUGCCCCCACCAAACAGCUCUUCCCUGAUUCCAAAUUUCCUGAGACUUUCUCCUUGAUGGCCACUGUGCGAGCUAAAAGGGGCUCCCAGUUCUUCCUGCUCUCAGUGUACGAUGACCAGGGGGCGCAGCAGCUGGGGCUCGAGGUGGGCCGUUCCCCCGUCUUCCUUUACGAGGACCAACAUGGGCAGCCGCCACCAGAAAUGUAUCCCAUCUUCAAGAAGGUCAACCUCGCUGACGGAAAAUGGCACAGGAUCGCCUACAGUGUGCAGGGCAAGUCUGUGACCCUCUACUUGGACUGUCGGAAGGUGGAGACCCUGGAUCUGCUGCGAGGGGACAAUGCUGUGGUCAGUGCAGAGGGCGUCACCGUAUUUGGGACACGUGUGCUGGACGAAGAUGUAUUUGAGGGACAUAUUCAGCAACUACUGAUCGUGGAGGACGCCCAGGCCGCUGCCGACUACUGUGUGAACUACAUACCAGACUGUGACUCCGCUUUGCCUUACGACAGCCCAACCCUCGACCUGCAGGAGAAGUCCCCACUGGGGUCCGAGGCCUUGAUGCAAAGUGACCAGCCAGAUGAACCAAAGGAGGAGUCCAAAAAGGACAGGAAGGGCAAAAAGAACAAAAAGAAGAGAGACAAGGGGUCUAAAGGCAAACGCAAAGGGAAGGGCAAGAAGGGAUCCAGGAAGAAAAAAGACGAGGAGGGUCUCGAGGACGGCUCCCUCCAAGUGUCCACAACUCUGCCCGAGUAUCUAUCCCAGGAACCUCUUCUGCCCACAGAGGUGCCAGAAAUUGAGCGCACCCAAGACAUUAUCAUUCCCACUGAAGUCUUCGACGAGACCCUCGUGGAGAUGCCCACACACGAACCUGACUCCACAACCCAGGAGCCCACUGUGGUACCCAGAGCAUUGCCCGAAUCAGUGGUUGCUGAGGAGGAGACCAAGCCAGUGCUGGAAGAGUAUGGAGAUGAUCUCUACGACGAUCUCUCAGUUUCCACGGUAACGGUGGGCCCAAAUGUUACAGAUUAUGAGAUUCUCGAUUAUGAAGCUUCCAAGAAUGACACGGAGUAUGAGGAGUAUGAAACAUACGAGGACGGCUUUGAAUUUGCAGAGCGGGAAAAGGCAGACACGUGGGAUGGAGAGGCUGGCCACAGAGCAGAGAAAGGCCAGAAGGGGGAGCCAGCUGUUAUCGAACCGGGUAUGUUAGUGGAGGGACCACCGGGUCUACCAGGGCCAGAGGGACUUGCAGGCCCAGCUGGACCAACUGGACCUCCAGGACCCAGGGGAGAUCCGGGUGAAUUGGGUCCCCCAGGGCGUCCUGGUCUUGCUGGGGUUGACGGGAUUCCAGGUCCCCCAGGAACGCUGCUGAUGCUACCAUUCCAGUAUGGAGGUGACUCCCAGAAGGGACCAGUGGUGUCUCCUCAGGAGGCACAGGCACAAGCUAUCCUGCAACAGGCCAAGCUGUCACUGAAGGGACCUCCGGGUCCGCUGGGUCUCACAGGGCGACCGGGUCCACUGGGUGUUCCAGGUCCCACUGGGUUCAAAGGAGACAGUGGAGAAAGUGGCCAUUCUGGACCGCGUGGGUUUCCUGGCUCACCUGGAAUUAACGGAAAGCUAGGAAAAAGGGGGCAUGCAGGAGUGGAUGGAGGUCGUGGCGCUCCGGGUGAAACAGGCUCUAAGGGUGACAGGGGUUUUGACGGCCUGCCAGGUCUCCCAGGAAACAAGGGACACAGAGGGGACAGAGGAAAGCCUGGCCCUUACGGGCACGUUGGAGAUCCAGGAGAGAAGGGAUCUGAUGGACCUGUGGGGCCGAGGGGGCAACCGGGCGAACCUGGUGCUCGGGGUCUUGUUGGGCCAAGGGGGCCACCUGGCCCACCUGGACAGCCAGGUAUUCGUGGAACUGACGGAGUACAAGGCUCAAAGGGCAACCUGGGUCCAUCUGGAGAGAUAGGGCCCCCAGGUCAACAGGGGAAUCCAGGAGUACAGGGCUUGUCUGGUCCUCAGGGUCCCAUUGGGUUGCCAGGAGAGAAGGGUCCCCAGGGGAAACAAGGCAUGCUGGGACUGCCAGGCAUUGAUGGCCCCACUGGUCACCCAGGAAGAGAGGGCCCCGCGGGAGAGAAAGGAAUUCAAGGUUCACUAGGCGCUCAGGGGCCUCUUGGGUACCCAGGGACCCGCGGCGUCAAGGGAGCAGAUGGAGUUAGAGGUCUAAAGGGGGGCAAAGGAGAGAAGGGAGAAGAUGGCUUCCCGGGGUUCAAAGGUGACAUGGGACUCAAGGGAGACCGGGGUGACAAUGGAGUGCCAGGUGCUCGAGGAGAGGAUGGAACAGAGGGGCUAAAGGGCCAAGAAGGACCCUUGGGAGAUUCUGGAGGUCCCGGCAUAGCGGGCGAAAAGGGUAAACUUGGCGUGCCUGGAUUGCCAGGAUACCCGGGAAGACAAGGUCCUAAGGGAUCACUUGGCUUCCCUGGUAUGGCGGGGGUCCCAGGGGAGAAAGGACGAAGGGGUCCAGCUGGUCAGCCAGGGCCUGGGGGCCAAAGAGGUCCUAAUGGAGUCCGAGGGGGGAGAGGAGCAAAGGGGCCCACUGGAAAGUCUGGAGAAAAGGGUUCUUCUGGGCAAGAUGGUCCUCCAGGAUCCCCUGGAGAACAGGGUCCCCAAGGACCACAGGGAAGAAACGGCGAACCAGGACCUAAAGGCCCUAAUGGUCCACCAGGAAAGGAUGGAUUACCAGGUCACCCAGGCCAGAGAGGGGAACCAGGGUUCCAAGGCAAGAACGGACCUCCUGGUCCCCCAGGUGUCGUUGGACCACAGGGCAAAUCUGGUGAGACGGGGCCAACUGGAGAUAGAGGCCAUCCAGGCUCACCAGGACCACCCGGUGAGCAUGGUUUACCGGGAGCUGCCGGGAAGGAGGGUUCCAAGGGAGACCCAGGUCCAACAGGAGCCUCUGGGAAAAGUGGCCCUGCUGGGCUCCAAGGCUUCAGAGGGAGCAGGGGGAACCCUGGUGCCAUGGGACCUGCAGGUCUGAAAGGAGGCGAGGGCCUACCUGGUGUUGCAGGAUCUACUGGUGCUACCGGAGAGAGGGGCCCUGCUGGGCCGGCUGGCGCUAUUGGGCAGCCAGGACGACCCGGUGGCGUGGGUCCUGCUGGGCCGAUGGGAGAGAAAGGCGAGCCAGGAGAAAAGGGGCCAGUGGGGCCAGCUGGGCAUGAUGGGGAACUGGGACCUGUAGGGCUGCCAGGGGCUGCAGGACCUUCUGGACCUCCAGGAGAGGAUGGAGACAAGGGAGAAACAGGAGGACCAGGCCAGAAAGGCAGCAAAGGAGACAAAGGCGAAUCUGGACCCCCAGGACCUGUUGGAAUUCAAGGGCCUGUGGGCCAGCCUGGACUGACAGGUGCAGAUGGCGAGCCAGGCCCUCGUGGGCAGCAGGGAAUGAACGGGGCAAAAGGAGAUGAAGGUCACAGAGGCUUUAAGGGGGCAUCUGGUCCUUCUGGACUACAGGGAAUGCCAGGACCACCAGGCGAGAAAGGAGAGAGCGGGCAUGUUGGCUCAAUGGGACCCCCAGGACAGCACGGACCACGAGGCCCUCAGGGGUCCAUUGGCGGAGAGGGUCCACAUGGAUUGUCUGGUGGGGUCGGCCAGCCUGGACUUGUUGGAGAGAAGGGUGAGGACGGUGAGGCUGGGGACCCAGGAUCAGUGGGAGAGCCUGGCAUUGCUGGUGCUAAAGGCGAUGUGGGGGAGAAGGGUGACUCUGGCCCUCCCGGUGCAGCUGGGCCUCCAGGACCCAGAGGGGUACCAGGCGAGGACGGAUCCAAAGGCAACCUCGGUCCUAUCGGAUUCCCCGGAGAUUCAGGACCCCGUGGAGAAUCUGGCGUUAAUGGGGUAGAUGGUGGACCGGGACCUAAGGGAGACAAUGGAGAACCUGGCAAAGCAGGACCCCCUGGAGCCUCUGGAGAGCCUGGUCCUUUAGGACCUCCUGGACGGAGGGGUCAUGUAGGUGCUGCAGGAAAAGAAGGGAAGCAAGGCAUGAAGGGAGCAAAGGGGACAAUGGGAACCCAGGGUCCAGUGGGUAAGACAGGCCCUGUUGGACCCCAAGGACAUCCCGGAAGGUCUGGCCCAGAAGGACUCCGAGGCAUCCCAGGUCCCUCGGGCGAACAAGGGUUAAAUGGGCCACCCGGGCAAACUGGACCACCAGGACCAAUAGGGCCACCUGGACUUCUAGGACUAAAAGGAGACCCUGGAACGAAGGGAGAUAAAGGUCAUGGUGGGUUGAUCGGUCUAAUUGGACCGCCAGGAGAAUCUGGUGAGAAGGGAGACAGAGGCCUGCCCGGGAUACAGGGUACACAUGGAUCGAAAGGAGAUGGGGGUGUCGCCGGCCCACCUGGUCCCACAGGCCCACCAGGACCACCAGGACUGUCAGGUGCAUCUGGUGAGAAAGGAUCCAAGGGAGACACGGGAAUUGUUGGUCCCAGAGGUGAUACAGGCACUGCUGGCCCACCAGGACCCCCGGGACCCCCUGCAACAAUGAUUCAGCCCCUGCCGAUCAGGGGGGGCAAGCGGAAGAGACGAAGGCACUCCGAUCGGACGGGAGGAAUAUCCCCAUCAAGGGAGGAGGAUGUGGAUCUGGACAUGGAGGAGUUCCUCCAGGGAGAUCAGCCUCUAGAGGACGCAGAGGGAAUGGAAGAAGUCUUUGCUACCCUGUCUUCUAUGAAAACCGAAGUGGAGUUGAUGAGGAGGCCUCUGGGAACCUUCGAGAGCCCUGCCCGCACCUGCAAAGAGCUCAUGAUGGUUCAGCCUCACUACAAAGAUGGAGACUACUGGAUAGAUCCUAACCAGGGCUGUCACCGCGACUCAAUCAAGGUCUACUGCAACUUCACAGCUGAUGGAGAGACCUGUCUGUACCCUGACAAGAGGACAGAGAUGGUGAAAUUAGCAGCGUGGAACAAAGAGAAGCCAGGAAGCUGGUACAGCCAAUACAGGAAAGGAAAGCAGUUCUCGUACAACGACAGGGACGCGAACCCUGUACAUGUCGUUCAGCUGACCUUCCUGAAACUACUGAGUGCCACGGCCAAGCAGAGCUUCACCUACACCUGCCAGAACUCGGCAGGCUGGUUCGACGGCACCUCCCGCUCCCACCAGCAUGCCCUCCGCUUCAGGGGCAGCAAUGAUGAGGAGCUGACACAGGCCAAAAGCCCCUUCAUCACUGCAGUGCAUGAUGGAUGCCAGUUCCGCAAAGGUCAGGAAAGGACUGUUCUGGAGAUCGAAUCCCCCUCGGCAGAGCUGCUCCCUAUCGUAGAUGUGGCUCCUGUCGACUUUGGCAAGAGCAACCAGAAGUUUGGAUUCCAGGUUGGACGAGUUUGCUUCAAUGGUUAACACCUCUGCCAGUGACAAAGAAAAAGACCUGCACAGCAAGUUUUCAAGGAAAGAAAAUGGACUUUUACCACUACCCUGAGCAAUAUUUAUUACAUUAUGUUCAUGUAUGUGGUGGGUUUUGUGGUAUAUUAUUUAAGAUUCUUCAACAGCCAAUGAAAUAGGCUCUAUGGCUUUACAACAAUAAGAAGAAUGACAAGAAAGAGGACAUGCAUCAGUGGGCACAAAGCACAUUCACCAAAGGGAAAUCUUCCAGUUAAAACUAUUUAAUUCUGUGUUUUUUGUUUUCUUUUCACUGGUUGAGUGUCCUCUGAUUGAUCCUCAAGAAUUGUGAGGACCGCACCACUUGACGAUGACCAAUCACAAACGGGGCGGAUCUGUCCGAUCACGGAAAGGAACUUUCUGUCAUCCUGUGGUACGAGUCCGUUAAGUGGCACUCCUCAGAUCAUGGAUGAACUAGUUGCCACCUAAUGUUUUACAAAAGACGCGGACUGAAUAAAUCAGAGACGUUGUCGUACUCAUUUGCAAUCGCAGAUUUUCACCUUAAUGACAAUCGCAGAGCAGUUGUGCACUAGCCUAGCAUAUUAAUUCCACACCAGCACCAUAAUUAAUUUCCUGUGUGCAGGAAUGAUAAAUUGUCCUUUUUACCCUUCAACUGCAGUUUUCUCAGUGAAUUACCUUGAUUAGUAUUCAAUAGGUGUAGCUAGUUACUGGACCCGACACUUACUUGAAUGGAUAAGGUUGUUUGCUUCAUUGGACUGCUUCCCUUCGUGGGCUUGAUAGUAAGCUCAAUGUUUCCACAGACUACAGUACUGUAUAUGUCACAUUAACACCCCUUCUACUGUGGUAUGUACUUACUAUGACAUACCUUAGCAGCUAGGUUGGGGAUAUUUCAGGACAAGCAUUAAGAGCACGCUGAUCAUACAGCUCUCACGUCCUAAGGACUGCGGGUCCUUUAUACCAGGAGACAUUUCUCGCAUGUCUUGAAAGCAUUUUAUAAUGGCUGACAUAACCCGUUUUCACUUUUCUGCCCUGCUCAGCGGUUUUUGUUUUUCUCUGGUCUGUUCACAUGUUGACAUUUGAACAGAAUAUGUUGCUGUUCAUUUGACACGAUUUGCUCUUCAAUGGUGCUAAAGAAGAUUCUGUUAUUUUUGUGUGUCUGUGUUUGUGUGUCUCUGUGGCCAGGAUUAUAGGACUAGAGAGGGAAUGGGUUGUUGCUCUUUCAGAAGCAUGAAACACCGACAGAAGCUGGGUACAAGUCUACUGUGAUUUUUUUCUUCUUUUUUUUUUUUGCACAUCUUCUGGCUGAUUGUGGCAAUUUCACGGGGCCAGUGAAAUGAGGAUAGGGCCAAAUCAGAGCGAUGUGGUUGAUUGCCUUAAAGGGAAAAUCCACUCAUGAACCGAGUUUACACUGUGCUGCACCAGUGGUUUUUGAAAUUAAAAUUCAGUAUCUACACACACCGACAACUAUUUCCCUAAACUAGAAAUUACCAAAUCAUGAAUGUUGAGCAGCUUCAUGAAUUGAUUCAUAUGACAUAGUUACUACAGUCAGUCUCUGCAGUUUAGCUAAAAUCAAAUCGUCUUCAAAUUAACAAAUAGAGAGUAUGAAAUAUUACAGGAAUUAUAUAUAUGUACUGUAUGUAAAUUAUAUUUUACAGUAGAUUUUCCCUCAAACAAAUGACAUUUCAUAAUGCGCUGCUUACCUCCUCUGACUCAAACAGUAGACUGUAUCCAGCAUGUGUUAUAUUUUUUCAAUUCACUCCCGCUGUUCUGUUUGUUUCAUUGCAUUUACACAUUCCAGUAAUUACCUCCUGUCCUCCAGGCCCAGGCGCUGCCCCUCCUGUGUAUAGUGUUUGUUGUACUAAUUUUAUAUACUGUACAGUUAUUCUGAGGACUUUAUGAGCAAUAGCCAGUUGCCUGAAUGAAAAACGAGUGUAAGUGUCAAAAAUUGAUGUGCGAAUAAAAACAAAACGAGGAAUCA